CCCGCAGCAGUAGCUGCCAGAGUGUGGACUCCAUCUGUCCUUCACAGUCCAUCAGGGCCCCGGUCUCUGAAGUGGACAUGGGUCGCCCUGCUGCAAGAAACCCCCAAGCGCUCAUCCACCGGCUCCAAGAAAUUUUCCACAGACUUGCUCCAAGAAUCAUCAUGUGACAUCAUCACAGUGCACCAUGUGACAUCAAAGCAACACUCAUUCAGCCAAAGCGAUUCAUGUGUGUCGAACAUGAGUACAGCUAAAAGGUCUCAUUUACUAACAAACAUCACUGUGAAAGACCGUGUAAAACAAUUUCGUGCGAUUGCAAUUUUGUCAAUUCAAGUAGUUUUCUGCAAAAAAAAAAUUGCAUUGCAAAUUUUGAAAAACACCAAAGAAAAAUUGAGCAUUUUUGGCCACAACAAUCACCAAAAAACUCAGCGAAAACCUGUGUGGACUUUAAGGUUUCAUUUGACUCACCGUCAUAUAAUCUCACUAGCUGGUGGUGUUCCGUUUUGAGUCUGGUUCUUCUCAUUGUCUGUGUGAUUGAUGAUUGGCCCACGCCAGUGAAAUUUCUCUCUUAUUUGAAUAAAGUUAAGAUAUUCUCAACAUUUCUGUACUCUUGUUGCUUCUUCUGUGCAGCUCUUGCUCCCAUAAGUCUCUGUGUGGGAUUUAUGCAUGUCUCUGUAGAAAAUGAAUGGGAAGCAGGACAAAAAAUGCUUUGCUGCAGAAAGCUUUCCUAUGGCAAUGGUCAGGGGUUCGAUUCCCACCGUGGCCCUGUGUGUGCAGCGUUUACGUGUUCUCCCCGUGCUGCGGGGGUUUCCUCCAGGUACUCCGGUUUCCUCCCCCAGUCCAAAGACAUGCAUGCUGAAGCAGCUGCAGCAGUGCAUGCAAGAGCAACUAAAAGUCCACCAACAGGAGCAGCUGGAAAAACUGCAGAAUGAACAAUCAAGGAUUUUCGGAAUGGUUCAAGCUGCCACAGAGUAUGACAAUAUAAAACAGCCAUGCCUCAAAACUACUGAGCAGUCAGGAUCAAAGUCCUCACAAACAAGACCUAGAGUUUCACCAGUUUCACCAGUUCCGCAUGAACACCAGCAAACCAAAGAAGUGGAAAGGACACUUGUGCCAGGCGUGUGGAAUCAAGAGCCAAAAGUGGACCAGGCAAGUUCUGGACAUCACACUGAUGAAGAUUUUGAUCACGAAGAAGAGUCGCUGCAUUCUGAGGACAAACGCAUGUGGCGAAAAGACAAUGAAACAGAGGCACAUGACAGGCCGAUCAGAUCAGGGAAGACUUUUGAGGAGAUGCUGGAAGAGCAGCUCAAGCUGGAGAAUGAGAAGCUAAGCAAGAUAUCGGGUGCUCCUGCCGAUGCAGCAAAGGUGAAGAGGCCAUUUCUGAGGCGAGGGGAAGGCUUGUCUAGAUUCACUAGAGGCAAAACCACUGGACCAUUCAGAGCCAGGGCAACAAGUUCAGACACCAAACCCACACCAGGAAUCAAUUCUUCAGCCUUUCAGGGCCUGAUCAUCAGAUCCCACCAGAGCUCUGAGCCAAAACGAACUUCUCAAAACUCUAUAAGUACAACAAACUGUGUGACACAGCGUAAAACUGCUGUACUGAACAAAACUAACUUUCCUCAGAAGACUUCAGCACCAGUAACCAAGGCUCUUGCAAAAGCUCAAGUUCAUGGAGGCCACCAGAAUGUCAGGGUAGAAGGGCAGAAUGGCAGCUCUGGACCUCUCCAACACCAGAGUAAGAGUAAUAAUAAGCCUGAAGGUCAGAAGGUCUUCUCAGAUAUCAUGGUUGAUAUCAGUAAGGGGACAUCAAGACAGUUUCACAGUAUGGAUGAGCAAACUGCUCGAAUGGCAGAGAAUUCAUUCGAGGUGUGGCUCAAAGAACGUGGUGAACACUGGGAAAGAGAUCAGUACCUUGAGUAUGUGGAGCUUGGUGAGUUUGAGCUGCUAGAGAGAGCAGCAGAUGAGUUAUCUUUUUCCAGUAACUCCUCUUUCAUCAACACUCUUUUGCGGAGGGAUGGCAGACGCCUUUCCUCUACUCCUGUCAAACCGCCACCAAAAUCCUCAUUUCCUGACGGUACUGGCCUCAGCAAGGCUUACAGUCCACCAGUACCACCCGUAGGCAGUGUGGAAGUGUUAGAAGGGGCAAACACACAAACAGAUGAAGUGAUGACCAAGUGUUCUGGAGAUGAAGAAGUGGAAGAGUCUGAUUCCUCACUAUGUAGCAACACGGUUUUUCACCAGCCUGCUACAGUGCCAAACCUGCAAGAACCUUUCAACUUCCAAGUUUCAGCACUGCCCUACGAUCAGCGAUCUUAUCAAGACAGAGACGGAGCCGGAAGUCCAGGAGGAGAUGAGGAGAGCCACAGAGACUCGACUUUGGUGGAUGUCAGAGGUCAGGUCGAGUUUGAUGACGAUGACACAUGGAAUGAGCCCGAGUCUUCAAAUUGCAGUCCUGCAAAGAUGGAUGAUCUGCCAGACAGGGUACUGAAGAGGAAGAUUGCAAUCUCAAAGGGAGCACAGCUUGAUUGUUGCUCUAACAGCCCAUUAGACCGUGAGCCAGAGCCACCACGGACGUGUCAGUUGGUAGCGAAGUUGUUUCCAUCUCUGAAGCCGAAACCGUGUCCUCCUCCACCAGAACUACCAGAUUCAGAUGGGCACAGUGAACAAGGAGCAGCCAGAUCAACAUUACUCCGUGAGCGCUUGGUGGAACUAGAGACCGAGAUUGAGCGCUUCAGGAAAGAAAAUGCAGCAUUGAGCCGACUCAGGCAGGAAAACCAGGAGUUUCAAGAGAACCUGCGAGUAUUCUGUCACGUCGCGAGAAGUAAGGGAGUAGAGUACGGAAGCAGGAUGGAGAGAGCAGAGUUUAAGCAGAACAUGGCAGAUGAACUUGUCAAAUGGGAGGAGUUUAAGUUUGAGGAAGGCCGGAAGCUCCAACGUGAGAAGAAGCUGUUUGAGAAAUAUGCAGCAGCUGCAAGAGCAAGACCUGACAAACAGGAACGAGAUGAGAUACAGUCUUUAAAACAGCAGCUAAACACUCUGCAGGAGGAUUUAAGAAAACGAGAGGCUCGCUGGACCAGCACGCACAGCCGGCUCAGGCAGCAGAUAGACACCCUCAGUGCAGAGAAUGCUACUCUACGAGACCAGGUCCGCACGCUGGAAAAACUUCGCCUCAGUACCUGGAAAAAUGCUGAGUCUGAACGUGAGAAAGCGAGAGAGAGAUCCAGUGCAUCCAGCAAUAGCAGUAACACAAGGACAGCAAAAUCCAAGAGCCCCUCCUCCAGUAUUAAAAGCAGCCCACUUGAGAACAGCAAGAAGAUGGAAAUACCAGAGGUUCAGAAUCCUCCCAAAAUUCCAGCUAAGACCUCAAGUACCACAUGCUCCACAGACUGGCAAAAGGCCCAGCCUUGCCCAGUGGCUGGUGCACACCACAUCUCCAAUCAUUUAAUUGUAUCUGAGGUAAAGAGCCAUGAUCCUCAAGUAAUCAAAAACUCCACCGACUCAGUCUUAGAAGUGGACAGUCCCAGGGACAUCCCAGGAAAAUCUAAACUUGAACAGGAAGAGAUCACACACAUGGAUGGCAAGAUUGAAAGGAUGUUUCCUGAUGGAGGACGACUCACAGUCUUCCCCAACGGCACAAGGAAAGAAGUGUCUGCUGAUGGACUGUCAGUCAGAGUCACUUUUUUCAAUGGGGACAUCAAGCAGAUAAUGCCAGAUCAUAGAGUGAUUUAUUAUUAUGCAGAAGCUCAAACCACACACACCACCUACCCUGAUGGUAUGGAAGUGCUCCAGUUCCCAAACAACCAGAUAGAAAAACAUUUUAUAGAUGGUCAUAAGGAGAUCAUAUUUCCUGAUCAGACUGUUAAGAAUCUCUAUCCUGAUGGGCGAGAGGAGAGCGUGCUCGUAGAUGGUACAAUAAUACAGCAAAACCCGGACGGCACUAAGCAGAUCCAGUUCAACACGGGUCAGCGAGAGCUCCAUACAGCAGAAUUCAAGAGACGAGAAUACCCUGAUGGCACCGUCAAAACCGUUUACUCUGAUGGAAGACAGGAGACCCGGUACCCCACUGGCCGCGUCAGGCUCAAAAAUCAGGAAGGACGUGUCAUCAUGGACACCAAAACCUAAGAGAACUCAAACGUUUUUACUUAAAUGCUGAAACACUGAAGUUUGGUUUGCAGGAAAGAAAAAACAAGAAUUUUGUGUGUUAGAUUGUGUGAUAGAUUAAUAGCAGUUAAUUUAUUUGUAGUGUACAUUUUUGUAAAAUAAAUAUUGUUAUAAUACUCAGAAUUAACUGAAGCUUAUGAAAAUUUAACAUCAGGAAGUUCG